CUUUUAACCAGAGUGCACUGCGGCUUAGCAAUUUCUUUCCCCCUUCCCACAGUGCAGAGCGUCAGCGGUUGAGCAAGUGAUACCCCAGGAUGAUUCUGCAGCGCUUAUUCCAGCUGUACCCCCUCCUGCGCUCGGCUGUCUCCCUGCAGCUCCGCAGGAACUUGGGGCUGACUGCAGUCGCCUUUAACAAGGCAAAGGAACUGGACCCCGUGCAGAAGCUCUUUGUCGAGAAGCUCCGAGAGUACACCACCAAGAGCAAGAGUGCUGGAGGAGUUGUGGAUGCUGGCCCAGAGUACCAGAGGAACUUGAAUGAUGAGAUGACCAAACUGCAGAGAUUGUAUGGUGGCGGUGACCUCACCAAAUUUCCAGAGUUCAAAUUUGUUGAGCCCAAGUUAGAAGAAGUGACCUCCAAGUAAUCCCCUGCUCUGCACCCAGCAAUGUUGGCAUCCCUUGUCUAACUUUUCAUGUUACUGGAUACUUCAGUAGUUAUUUAAUAAAUAACUUUAUUAAUGUA